UCGGCGCUGACAGGAGGGAAGACUUGUAUUUAUUCCGGUGGCCUGUUCUAUGUCCUUUUCUCCUCAUAAUCCCCUACUUGCAAAUGCGUUCAUUCCCAAGACUGUCUGUCUGUCUGUCUGUCUGUCUGUCUGUCCUGGAACUCGCUCUGUAGACUAGCCUGGCCUCAAACCCAAAGAUCCUUCUGCCUCUGCCUCCUGGGUGGUGCGUGCCAUCACUGCCCAGCAAGACAUUUUUAAUAGACAAUUGGGCUCUAUGCCCAUCUUUCGAAGGCCCUGAACUCCACUCGACUUCCCGUCUCCUUUCCUAUCUGGCUGACUGUCGAGAAUCCGAUACAUGAAAAUCCACUUGUUUGGAGGUGCUGUGGUGAACCGGGCCGUGGACAUGGCAAAACUUGAGAUUUCUAGACAGGGCUUUGUUAUGCAACUCAGACUACGGUAGAACGCAUAUGUAGCCCAAGGCUACCAAGACUAUCUGUUCAUUUUGUUUUGUUUUUCGAGGCUCUGUUUCUUUGCAGAGCCCUGUCCUCUUUGCAGAGCCCUCUCCAUCCAGGAACUCAGAGAGAUAGGCCUGCCUCUGCCUCCUGAGUGCUGGAAUCAAGGCCACCGCCACCCUGUCUGCCAGAGACUAGCUUUGAACUCAGUCUGCCCAACCUACUUAUUCUCUGCAACCAUGACCUGGCCUCGACUGAUUUUUUUUUUCCUCUCUGUGUGGUUGGUACAGGUUGGUCAUGAAGCCCAGAAUUAGAGUCUUUAAGAUUCUAGAAUUAUUGCCUCCAUUUCGCUGUGUUCCACAUAUGGACUGGUCCAUCCAUCUCUUAGAAAUACAACACUAGUUGAAAACUGAUAAUUGGCUGUUCGGUUUCAAAGCAUUCUCCACACAGGAACAGGAAGGAGCUAAUUUCCAAAAUAAAAUAAAAAUAAAAUGGACAUGAUUCUAUUUUCAAAAACUUUGUAAACUUCUCUUUCCCUAUAUAAUUAUUUUGGACUUCAAAAAACUCAGUCUGAAUUUACACAACCAUUUCACUCAAUGACCUCCAACUUCAGAAAUCUAAUUUUGCUGUGGUUGUUCUUGGUGGAGGAGGGGAUUCGUUUUGUUUUGAGACACAGAUUCUCUGUGUAUUGUCCCUGGCCAUUCUCAAUCUGCAGACCAGGCUAUAGAACCCAGGGAUCAAUCAGCCUCUGCUUCCUGACCUGUGGAUUAAAUGUGUUCAUGAGCACACCUGGCAAAAAAAAACAAAAAAAAAAAAACAAAACAAAAAAAAAAAACAAAAAAAAAAACCCUGAUACUCUAGCAAUGUCAAAUUAUUAAAUUUAAAAUUAGUGAUUGUGACCCCAGUGUAAUAACAAAAAGGAUAGCCACUUACUUUUCUGUGCAAAGUAUCCUGAACUACAGGUAAUAGGUGGGUAAGGUCAGUGAUAUAUGACUUAUAAUGGGGGUGUUAGUAUAUAUGGAAAGCUCUGCCAUUAUAGGAAUACUAAAACCAAAAUUCAUUCAUUCAUUCAUUCAUUCAUUCAUUCAUUCAUUCAUUCAGGUGAUGCUAGGAUUGAGUCCAGCCUUGUGCAUGCUGGGCAAGCGAACUGGGACAGCAUUAUUAUACUUAAGUCACAUAGAGACAAACUACUAUUCCUUUAAAGUGGAAUACAUGUCUUUCUUUUUUUUUUUUUUUUUUGGUUCUUUUUUUCGGAGCUGGGGACCGAACCCAGGGCCUUGCGCUUCCUAGGCAAGCGCUCUACCACUGAGCUAAAUCCCCAACCCCUGCUUGCUGUACUCUUUAAAGGACAGACACUGCUUUGCUCGUCUGUGUAUUACUGGUGCCUAGGGAAAGUGAGCUAGCCAAUAAAUAAUAGAUACAGACAGAUAGCUGAUAAUGAUUCGAUAAUGUGUUAGUCACUAUUUCCGACUUCUCUAGAUUGGAGUCCUUAAAGGCAGGUUCCAAUCUCAAUCAUAUCCUUCCUAAUAUCACAGUGACUGCAUGGCAUAUCUUGUUUAUAAUUAGUGUUUUUUGCGUAAGUGCAUAUUUUAUAUACCCCUCUCUACCUCUGCAGGUUAAUGUUCUAUGUUUGUCCCUGACAAGGAUUUAGAAUGGAGAGAGGACUUAAUUGUCUAAUACCUCUGUCUGUCAGCUAAAGCUAUCUCCAGCCCCAAGACUUGGCCUCUUUACCCAGUGAGUCAUCUUGCUAUCACAGACUGGACUGGUGAGAAUUAGUGUGCCUUCCAUCCUUCAGCCUGUGCUUACACUGGGACUGGCAUUAUCUAAAAUUAUUAGUUUCAAUUUGCACGUUAGUAGUGCAUUCCUGGGCAUCCUGGUAAGUGUGUGGUCUUUGGCAGGCUCCUGUCACUGAAUGUUGAUUAAAGUGUUAUAUGGGCGUGAAGGUGUGCGUCAAUAAUACACGCUUGCAUGUGUGCAGUCCUGGGGUCAAUCAGUGCUAGGUUUUCGUCUCCCUUUCAGUUGGAAGGCUUACCUACUUGCAUCCUCAAUUUUAUGUUUUAAGAAAUUGUAAGUUUUCUUAGUGGUCUUCAAAAGUAAGCUUUGCUCUGUUCCUCAUUGUUUACAUGGGUCUCAUCGCUUUAAUCUUUCCCACCCCUCUGGUUAACUUGUCCUGAUGGAGAUUACCAACAUGGAGAAGAUGGGGAAGCUUCCAAUGAAAGAGGCAGCCCUUGUCUACCUUGACAGAAGUGGAGGCCUCCAAAAGUUUAUGGACGACUGCAAGUACUACAAUGAUUCAAAACAAAGCUAUGCUGUCUACCGGUUCAGUAUUUUAAUAAACCCCUGUGACGUUGUCGAAUUAGAUGCCGAACUUGGCAAUCACAUCUUACACCAUCCUUUAAAAGCCGCUCAAGUUUUCCAAUCAGUCUGCUUUGUUGCUGUUAAGACUCUCUCGUUAAUUGGAAAGUUACAGACUGAAACUCAAAUCAAUAUUGUGCUGAAGUUAACACAUUUACCGUCCCUGCCAAGCUAUAGUCUUGAUCUUUGUGAGUUUCCACUUAAUUAUGCGUCUCAGAGAUUUUAUAUGAUGCAGGGGAUUGUGAUUGCCAUGACAACUGUAACCAAGUACACACAAGGCGCAAGGUUCCUCUGUUCAGAUGAAGUAUGUCCUUUCUCAAAAGGAUUUCAAUAUAUAAGAGUCCAUGUGCCCGGUGCUACAGAAUCUGCAACAGUAAGAAAUGACUUUUUAUGCCGUCUCUGUUCAUCUUCACUUCAAGAAGACAGAAAAUUUAGAGUACUUGGUGAUAAACAGAUAAUCGAAAUAAUCACCACAAAAGUCCUUCAUGCUUUUCAAGGAGAUCCUAAAAACCAGCCAUUUAGAUUUCAGUCGCUUAGUGUUUUCCUAAGAGAUGAACUAGUGAAUAAGAUGAAAAUAGGAAAUGAAUAUAAAAUUAUUGGAAUUCCAGUCUGUGUCAAAACUUCACAAACUGCUCUCUGUGUAGAAGCAAAUAGUAUCACUCCUUACACAGCAAAAGUUCCUUCAGGAAUUAGUGACAACUUCAGGUGUCUCCUCUCCCUGACGUCCAGCUCAUGCUGGAGAUUCACAGCAAUACUGGCCAAUGUCUUUGCAUCACAUAUUGUUCCUCUGGGAACUUACAAUUUGCUCAAACUCUGUUUGCUGAUGAGCCUAGUCCAGACGAGAGACUGCAGCAGUGAGCGAGAAAACUGCUUGGAUAUUUUAGUUAUAACCAGUGACACUCUGCUUGUAGACAGACUUUUGAAUUUUAGCAUGAACCUUGUGUCCCGUGGCAUACGUCAUCCUGUCUGUACUGAAGUUUUUCCUACUGUGUCCAGAGAUAAAUAUGGAACUGGAGCAGUAAGCAUUCAAGCUGGCAGUGCUUUGCUUGCUAGGGGUGGUGUCUGCUUCAUAGGAGACCUAACAUCACACAAAAAGGAUAAACUGGAACAGCUCCAGUCAGCUUUGGAGAGCAGAAGCGUCACAGUGUUCAUCCCAGGAAAGAAGUUUGGGGAUGAUUUCGAUCAGCAAAUGACUUUUCCCAUUCAAUGCAGUUUUUGGUCUUUUGUUGAUAUGGAUUCAUCUUCAAGGAGAAAUGUACAGAAAGCCAGUACUCUGAUUGGUCAGAUGGAUUGCAGUUUGAUUCCAGCCAACCUUGCAGAGGCGUUUGGAUUGUUGGUUAACUGCAAGGAGUCUUCUCCGUGCCACCCACUUCUUCCUACUGUGCAACACACUUUAAAGAAAGCGGUGGAUCCUAAGGGGCCGCCUUAUUUAGCUUCUAAACAGUUCACAACUGAAGAUUUUGAGAAGCAACAGAGAAGCAAAUUUGGACACCAUAGAAUCCCCACGCCUGGGGACAAAGGAGGAUGCCUGGACCUCAGUGGCGACCACAGCGGAACAGAAAACCAAGGUUGUAAACAGGAUCCCGGUGACAUUACAGCUGAUUUUCUCAAAGUUACUGCCAACCACACCUAGAGUGGAAUGAUGGCUGAAAUGGACUGUCUCCCAAGAUAAUCUGUCGUGGUUGAGCAAACAACCAUGGAGGGCCAGGCCAAUGCAAUCUUCAUGUACUCUCCACUGUGGUGUCUGACCCUCACUAUUUGAAAGGGAGUUUUAUCUGCCAAGGUCAGACUCUGGCCUCUUUCUGCUUUCUGUCUCUUUACUCUGUGCUCUGAAAUCCAACAGCCAGUCUAGCUUGAGUUCCAGGCUCAAUAAUACUCUGUCUCAAAAAAAUAAGGUGAAGAGGGAUCUCCUUCUGGCCUCCACACACAUGUAUGCAUGUGUACACACAAUACUAAGAAGGUGGGGACCGAGUGAGGAAGGCACCUGAUAUUGACCACCAUCUGUAUACACCUUCUGCAUGUAUACAGAUACGUGCACGCACGCCAGACCAUUAGAUCAUAGACCCUACCCACCCAAAACAGUUCCCACCCUCACACUCCCAGCCUCCCAACCCUUAAGCACCACCCGCCCAGCUCACCUCUUGCUCCUGAGCAGUGUAACUUUGAAUUACAAUUUUACUCUCUUUCCUGUGCCCUCUGCCUCUGACUCCUACACUCCCUAGAACAGAUCACAUGGCGUGGAGCCCCCCAGCCCUCUAGACAUUUGUAAGUGAAAAAUGACCAUUGUCAUUCUUGAACUGAAGGAUCUCUCAUCAGGACCCCAUUCUUCUCUCUCUGGUACUGAUAAUAUGACCCUUCCAGUGAAUAUCUUCUAAAGGAUAAUUGUCUCAGAACCCUUCUACUAGACCUAAAAAUCUUCUAAAAAUCUAACCCUGAAAAAAAAAUGAUACAGAACCUAACAGAGGAGUUUAGAGUCUUUGUCUUGGGCCCCCAAAUGCAAGCUGUUUCUUUUGUUCAGACCACUUGGUCCUAGAUCAUGUAAGAAAGAGAAGCAAACAUGAACGCAUGGUCCUUUAUCCUAGUUCCUAUAGGACAGCCCCUAACGCACUAAUAUCUUUCCGUUGCCUACUCUUUACAGGUGCCUCAAGAGUUUUCCAUGUUUGUUUGUUUUGAGACAAUGUCUCUCUGUAGCUCUGGCUAUCCUGGAAUUUGUUCUAUAGACUAAACUGGCCUCAUAAACUCAGAGGUGAACUUGACACUGAGUGAUGAGUGGUAGUGGGGUUUUGUUUUCGUUAUUUUUAGGUCCAUCAGUGUUUUACCUGCAUGUUUGUCCAUGUGAGGGUGUCAGAAGUCUUGGAAUUGGAGUUACAGACUUGUGUGAGCUGCCAUGUGGGUGCUGGGAAUUGAACUUGGGUCUUCUGGAAGAGCAGCCAGUGCUCUUGAUUGCUGAGCCAUCUCUCUCUCUCCAACCCACAAGAAUUCCUUUUCAAAAAUAUAUCUUUAAUUAAAAUAUAAUUAUAUCACUUUCUUUCCAUUUCUUCCCUCCAGCUCAAGAAUUCUUUAUGCAGUUUAAUUCCUUACAAUAUAUGAUUUGCAAAUGUUUUCUUAUAGUAUUUCCCUUUUCAUUCUCUUAAAGUCUCUUUGUAUUAUUAAUAGAUUUAUUUUACUAUUUACUAAAUGUAUGUGUCUGCACAUGAGUACAGGUACCUACAAAGGCCAAAGGGAGCAUAUGGCACCUUGAGAUGGAGUUACUGUGUUAAAGUAUCUUUUACUCACCUGAUGUAAUUGUCAUCUCCAAGACUUCUUGCCUCUGUCUGCUAACCUAGGCCUAGUCCUUCGAGUGGCUAGCCUCAGUAACUCUAACCUAGACUUAGAAUGUUUUCAGCCUUUGAGACUUAUUGCUGAGUAAGCUGACUCUUUCAAGCUCUUUCUGAACUCUGGCUGGCUGGUCGAGUCAGCUGUUGUGGCUCAAACUCCUCUCUCAGCUGACUGAUUCUAUCUGACUUCUCUUGGCUUCUCCUGAAUUGUUCUUCUGUGAAACGAUGAGAAAAGGAACUACUGAAACUCCUGACGUCAACAAUGUUGUAGUGUAUAUCUCACCUAUGGAUCGCUCUGAUUUUUGAAAGGCUGCCAAAGACGUUCAGUGGGAGAACGGACAUAUUUCCAACUAAUGGUUCUGGGAAGACAGGUUGAUGUACCUGAGUCCUUCCAUUACUUACAUCAUGGAUAAAAAUUAACUCAAAGUACAUCAAAAAUCUUCUUAGAAAUGUGUUACUUUUAUACCAUCAAAGUAUGUGAAUGGGAAAAGCUGUGUCUACAGAUACUGACUGAUUAGAACCCCAGUGCUCUGGAGAGACUGGAAUGUUGCACAUGCAGAGACUAGUUCCUCUUGAACAGCUCUCUGUCUGAACUAACAUCUUGUAAGUACUAGAUAAAAACCCUUUUAGAAUCUAUUAUCUUAGCAGACCACUGGCUUACACCAACUCAAAAGCUAAGAAUGACAUCAGAUAGCAUCUGAGGCCUAUAAAAAACUCUCCCAUUUUUCUCUACCUUCUGUUAAUUCCACUAGGAAAGAAUAAGUCCACUAUCACAAUUUUUUUCGCCAAAUAUGUAACAAGCUUUAGAUACUAGCCAGACCAUACCUGAGAUUCCUGGGAAAUGGCACAGAAUUACCUUAAGAAGUUUAUAAAGUCAAACCCCACAAGACUACAUACUUCCUGCCUUUGUCCAAUUGGGGGCAAGCAUACAUCCUGACUUACUUCCUGGCUUCAUUUUCUCCUGCCUGUGUGUGAUCAAGCACAUCCUGAGCAGUUGGGGCAACCAAGCUAGAAUUGAAAACACGUGACUUGUUACCUUCCGAAACAGCUCCAGCACUCCAGGAAGCUAUCUGUGCUUGGGUAAGUGGGGCUUACUGGUUAGACGUGGUUUUGUUUUAUAGAUCUCUCAAGCACAGUAAGUUCAACUUAAAACAUAACUUUAGCCAUCACACCUGGCCUCAUGGACUGGAUCCAGCAUUCCCCAGCAGUGAGCAGAUCUGUGGGAGGUUCUGGCCCCUACACUAAUGAGUUGAAUCAAUGCUGCCAUCUGCAAACACACCUCAGGGGGAAAAUGUCAUGAUUUGAAUACAAUAGAACUAAACAACAACUAUCCAUUUGAUAAUAGAACCAGAACUACUUUUAAAAGCUUAGUAUUUCCCUGGGUGUAGUGGUGUAUAUUUUUUAAUUAAUUUUAUGUAUAUGAGUACACUGCCACUGUCCUCAGACACACCAGAAGAGGGCAACGGAUCCCAUUACAGAUGGUUGUGAGCCACCAUGUGGUUGCUGGGAAUUGAACUUGGGACCUCUAGAAGAGCAGUCAGUGCUCUUAACUUUUGAGCCAUCUCUCCAGCCCUUUAGUUCCAGCAUUCUGGAGGCAGAGGCAGGAGGAUCCCUGUGAGUUCGAGAAUAGCCUGGUCUACACAGUGAGUUACAGAACUAAAUACAGAGACCCUGUCUCAAAAAAAAGUUAUUAUUUCUAGAAAUACAUGUGGAUAUUAUUUUUCUCCAGGUGGCCAGAAUCUGAAAUCGUUACUUCCACAUGUAGCUCCCAUUAGUAAAUUAAUCCCUUCAGCCAUCAGUCCUUGCUUAAAGUAGAGAGUGACUUGAAGACCUCCUAGGUGUUCUAACAGAACACUGGUGGGAACUGGUAGGAACUGGUGGUAAUAACCACAUCCUUAUGCUCUGGAGCGCAGUAGUAAGCAUGUCAAAAUAGAGUUAAUGCAAGAGAAACACAAAUGACCCUAGUCAGAAACGCAUGACUUUCUUAUAUAAAAGCCUUUCGCCCUCCAGCAAGAUUAUUUUUAAACAUAAUAUUGACAUUGAGAUAAUCAUAGCAUUUAUAUAUUUUGUCCAAUUUAAAAUUCCAAAUCUGCGGAAAAAUACAUUAAAUUGUCAGAAAAUAGGGCAUUGAUCUGGAUGAAAUUGGAUGCUUAAAUACUUAGAGCACAUGAACUUUACUGAGAUAAUUUUGUUGAAAAUUACCUAAAUUACUUAUGAUUUCUGUCUGGAUCUCAAACAGCCAUGUGGCUCAAUUGUCAGUGUGAAACACUAGGAUUUUCCUUCUCCAUUCAACUUAACUUUCGAGUUAAUAAGCUUUGAAAACAACUACUUAAAUCCCAUCACGAGAAAUUCUCAACCUAAGAGGAUGUUUUAAAAUUGUUCCAACUGUUCAAUGGGACUUGAAGGGAGGUCCCUAGGAGACUUUGGGACCGUUUCUGAUGAACACGCGGGAGAACGUUGACCCUCUUCCUCUGCCCGUCCUCAUCUGUAUAAGAAUACUCAGUUUCUGCUCGAAUCUUCUGCAAGGAGGAAAACUGACCUCAGAGGACAAAGCAACCCAGAGACCCUGCUAAGUCGCUAAAUGAACUAGGUUUCACCAACCACGGAGCCUCCAGCAUCAGCUUCCUGUCACAUGAAAUAAUACAGCUUUCCUCACUGCUUAAAAAGAAAAUUAUUCAAGAAUGAUUACACAGUCAAGAAUGUAAGUAGCUGAAAAUUUUAAACUGAGGUUACAGUAAGGUUAUUUAUACCUCAAUCAUAGUCUAAUAUAAAUUAUGUCCUGCAAUUAAAAUCCCAUUAAACCUCCAGUGAGUUACAAUAA